AGCAUCGCUAGUAACUUGAUAGAGUGGCAGUCAUGACUUCUUUGUAUAAUUCUAUCCUAAUUCCUGACCAUGAACUAUAGAUGGACAGUGAUAGAAUGAUGCAAGAUAGAAGAUUAACCUCUUUAUCUCCCAAGAAGGUCUUAAUUCCAAAGAAAUAUUUCAACAAUCAGCCUAUUUAAUGAUGAAUACUACACUAUCAAAGAGAAUAGAGGGAUCAACUUCACAAGAAGAAGUCCUUCAGUAGGGAUUCUCAAGAAGAAUAUCCAGUUCCAAGGCUCUAAUUUGGCACCAAUAAAGUCACCUAAUCUAUUCAGAAACCAAGUAAAACUUGGACAUACCACUUCCCAAAGUUUCCAAAGAAGUAGUAUCUUGACUUCAAAAGACAAGAGAGAAGAGCAGAAGAUGAGUGCUUCAAAUGGGUUUUUAGAGAAAAAGAAGAAAUUGGGUGAGUUGAACAUCAAAGCGCAAAACCUCUUAACCCCAUCUGAAUCUACUCGUAACAUCAAUAACAGAUAUGAAAAUUCUGGUCUAAAUCCUGUUGGGGCUCCUCAGUAUCCCCGCGCGACCUUCGAUUCUAGAAAGAAGAAGUGGAACAACACUGAGUUGAUCCAGAGUAUUAACAAACUUAUUAGGGAGAAUUCUAAUAAAAACAAGAGUAUCCACCAAAGCAUCAGAGAUAAGCAAAGAAUUAAGGAAAGAAUACGACAGCAGUCAAAGGACCUUAAUUUACAGAAUGUGCUCAAUGGAUAUAAAUGAAUAACUAAAGAGUCCCCCAAGCUUGGCAAGCCGUGAGAGGCUAUUAAAAACCACUUGAAGCACUUACGGUCUGUGAGAAGCAUGGAUAGGGAUAGCAUCAUCUCAAAAAAUAUGCCAGAUGCUAGCUCUAUUCAUAUGAGAAAGUCCCUCGAACCCUUGCAAUUGGAUAGGAAUGAGUCAGACUCUGAUGAAACAUCUUCCAAAAAUCAUAACCUCAUGUUUGCGAAAAUGACAAAGACAGGUUAUAUCCCAAUGAUCCCUGAAACUAGGUUCAGAAAGAAGCAAAACCAAGACUCAGCGAUUGUUCUUCAAAAUUUUAUGGGAAUGAAAGAUAAUUACUUCUUCGGUGUCUUUGAUGGACAUGGCACAAAUGGUGCUAAAGUGUCAGGGUUCUUAAAAGAAGUCAUUCCCGGUGGUAUAAAGAGAGCAUAUCAAAGAUCCUGUGUCUCUCCAACCAUAGAUAGUAGCAUAAACUUUAAAACGAUGACUUCAUGGUUUACUGACAAGAAAAAUAAGACUCCUCAAUUGGAUAAUUACCAGAACUUGAAAUUGAGAUCUAGAAUGAUUGAAGAGAGCAUGGAUUACACCCAGACUGAAUUAAAAUAAUCAAAACAUAGAUAUUUAAGUUCUCUGGUUCUACAGCAAAUAUUUGCCUCCUUGGACCUGAUAAUAUUUUGACGUGUGCAAAUGUAGGCGAUUCAAGAUCAAUUUUGAUAAAAUGCCAUAAAGAAGGAACCCAAGAAGAAGUUUGGUCCUGCAAACCUCUCUCUAGGGAUCACAAACCGGAUCUUACUGAUGAGAAAUAGCAGAAUUAUAUCCAAUGGAGGAAGAGUAGCAUGUUAUAAAGAUGCUAAAAAAAAGAGUGUUGGCCCACAAAGAGUCUGGCUAAAGAAUAACCAAAUCCCUGGUCUUGCAAUGAGUCGUUCAUUUGGAGAUGAAGUUGCACGCUGAGCUGGUGUCAUUCAUAAACCAGAAAUCCAGCAUUUUUCUCUAACCCCAGAAGAUAAAGCUAUCGUAUUAGCAUCAGAUGGGGUCUGGGAAUUUCUUUCCAAUAAGCAAGUGACCAAAUUACUUGUGAAUUCAAUAAAAUGUCACAAACCAAAGAAAGGAUGUGAGAGAGUUGUAGGGGAAAGUACCAGAUUAUGGAAGCUCAAAGACUCUAUAAUUGAUGACAUAACUCUUAUCACAGUAAUACUACCUGACAUAAAGGAGCCAGAAACAAAAGAAAAAGGUUUACAUAGCUCCCUCUCUCUGAACAGGCUGUCCUCUUGAUAG